AUUGCCUAUACAUGACUGUGACGGAUUUUUUUGUUUUUCCAUUUCUUGUAUAAAUUUAUUGAUGGCGAAGUGGUUACUUUCAUUUGUAAUGAACGUGCCCGGUAGUUUUGUGCUGGAAUUGAUAUUUUCUGGUAAUUUAGUUGGAAAAUGUUUAGUGUCCUCUUCCUCACAAGUUAACUGAUCAAUACUGAAAAGAGAUUUCCGCCCCCAUCAAGUCCUUAAUUGCUAAUAAAUACUCAGUCUCAUUGGUGCUUUCAUCAGGUUUGUUGCUUGGAACCCCACGUGAGGAAUUGGCAAAUUCCUCAAAGUAGCGUUUCAGAGGAAAACGAAUGGGAUCCCCAUAGCUAUCCAGUGUUAGGUAUUUCGACAGCUUUUUUUGAGGUUACCUGUCACUUUGACAAGUGUCAAAACUCGACAAAUUUGUUGCUUAUCAUUCCAAAUUAAUUGUUGUUGAUUUGUGUGUGUGUUAACAAUGGCAGACUACUUUCAAGAAAUGGGGUGGCAGCCCCUUUCGGAAGGGCAGGCCCCCAACCACUUGCUCCAUUUCGCUCGUUUAUUUCGGGAUUAUAACAUAUUUGACGAGUCUUUGACUCAGAGUUUAGCACCCCCAGCCUCUAAAAGUGUGGUGGAAAAUUUACCGAGCAUUACCAUAAAUGGGCAAGGAGUAAAAUGUCCUGUGUGUCUCAAGGAGCAUAGUGAAGGGGAAACAGUGAAGAAAAUGCCUUGCAAUCACACAUUUCAUGCUGAAUGCAUAUUGCCAUGGCUGGCCAAGACAAAUUCUUGCCCUUUAUGUCGCUUUGAAUUGGCCACUGACGAUGAAGAUUAUGAAGCUUUCCGCAAAGAAAAAAUCCGCGCCAAGGCGAGGGAGGCGGAUAUUGAAAUAUUGCACAAUUCAAUGUUCUCAUGAUUAAAUGUAUUAUUGGUGAAAAUGUUAAGGUUGUCAGCUGUAUGUAUUUGAUUUUGAAUUUAUUUGAUAUUUAUGCAAAAUGAAUAAAAUUUAAUUCUGUUUUUAUAA